UCCGCGAGAGCAAAGUACCGCGCAGGCAGCGCGUAGCCGGCGGGGCAUCCUUAGGGCGCAGCGCUCCCGGGCAAGUUCCCUGGGAGUGGUCCCCGCUCUCCACUGGCGCCGCCAAAGUCUCCAGCUCUCCAACAGAUGUUUCCCCGGCACCUCUGAAGUCCAAGGCGGCGCUGGCCGGCGCGCGGUGGCUGGGGGACCCCGGCGGGCAGAUGCCAGCAUCAGCAUGAGAGGCUGGACUUUAGCCCAGGCCGGUCCUCAGCCCGGGGGGCCGCCACUCCGCCCGAGACUUGUGCGAGGAGCCGCCGCUCACUUUGCCCCCAGUCUUUGUUCCCAGCCAGAGGUUGCUCGGAAUUGCUAAUUAACUCCCUCGGCUCCGAAGGGGUCCGGGGGCUGGGAUGCUCUGCCAGCCUGAAGGAUGCUGACUCUCGAGUGGGAGUCGGAAGGACUGCAAACAGUGGGCAUUGUUGUGAUUAUAUGUGCGUCUCUGAAGCUGCUUCAUUUGCUGGGACUGAUUGAUUUUUCCGAAGACAGCGUGGAAGAUGAGCUGGAGAUGGCCACUGUCAGGCACCGGCCGGAGGCUCUGGAGCUGCUGGAAGCCCAGAGUAAAUUUACUAAGAAGGAGCUCCAGAUCCUCUACCGAGGAUUCAAGAAUGAAUGCCCCAGCGGAGUUGUUAAUGAAGAAACCUUCAAAGAGAUUUACUCGCAGUUCUUUCCACAGGGAGACUCUACAACAUACGCACAUUUUCUGUUCAACGCUUUUGAUACAGACCACAACGGAGCUGUGAGUUUUGAGGAUUUCAUCAAGGGUCUUUCCAUUUUGCUUCGGGGGACAGUACAAGAAAAACUCAACUGGGCAUUUAAUUUGUAUGACAUCAACAAAGACGGGUAUAUCACUAAGGAGGAAAUGCUUGAUAUAAUGAAGGCGAUCUAUGACAUGAUGGGUAAAUGCACAUAUCCUGUCCUCAAGGAAGACGCUCCUAGACAGCAUGUGGAAACAUUUUUCCAGAAAAUGGACAAAAACAAAGAUGGAGUUGUUACCAUUGAUGAGUUCAUCGAAAGUUGCCAAAAAGACGAAAACAUAAUGCGCUCCAUGCAGCUCUUUGAAAACGUGAUUUAACUUGUCAAAUAGCUCAUCAAUCAAGCAGAAAAAUGUGAACUAUUCUACAUUACAGUUGGAGCUACCACCUUUAGCAUAGACUGCUCAGCUUUUACACUGAGGCACAUUAUGCAAACAAGCUUCUUUUUAAUAUAAAGCAAUUCCCAAAAGAUUGUUUUCCAGCUAUAAAUCUGCAUCCUUUUCCUAAUGCCACUGAGUCCAUGAGACGUUCUAAGUCAUUUCAUACCCUAUGGAUACGCAGAACUAAUAGAAUCUGGCACAUAGCUUUAUUGAUUCUUUAGCCAUGGGACUACUGAGGCUUUCACAUUAUCAAUGAUUUUAAAGUAUCAGUGUUUUUUGCUACUCACUUGUAUUAAGUCCCAGAAUUUUAAAUAGUUUUCUAAACUAUUAGCAUCUGCAUUUAAUUUCCAGAAAUUAGCUUUCAUGUUUGUAUGCGGUAAUUCCAUUUAUAAACUUUAAGUAAACAAGACUGCUACAAUUAAAAAAACAAAAAGCAAACAAAAAAA